GGAAAACCCUGGCGCAAAACUCAACAAGGAUUUCAACUGUCCUGUAGGACAUGGUUUCCUUUCCCAUUUAUCUUCAUCAGAACGUUCUCAUGGUGUGCUUCUCGCCCUUCUCCGGUCGUUCGCUGCGGAGAAACAAUUUCCUUAGGUCUUUUCUAGCCCAUUUCUCGACACGAGACCGGUCCAGAUCCACACACGAGCCCCGAACCCCUUUUUUACUGAUCGGACCGCCCCUAUGCGUAUGCAUUAAUGAAAGAAAGUGGCGUUUCCCGCUGCUUUUUCUGGGAUGUCCAGCUUUGGCAGCCGCAGGAUGCCCAUUGCGCCAGCGUUGGCGCUCGCUGUUGCUGCUUCCGUCGUGUUUCUCUUUCGUCUGCGUUCGCUACCGGUCUGGGUCAGUCACUUAAUGUGUCCGUCACCUGAUGAGAUUGCGGUGGCCAUACGAGGCGCAAUGGAGCGGACCACCCACGAGACAGAGCGAUUGCACCAUCCUCUCGAUCUGUACAAGAAUUUGAGGUGUCUGAGGGCACUCAUGCCGAGAGAAUGGACAGUGUGGGAAUCUGCGCCGUACUACGGUGCGAAUGUUUCGGUUCGCUCGACAAGCGAGGCGUCCAGAAGGGCAGAUGCGUUGUUUCCCGUCAGCUUCCGUCCAGGGCAAUUCAAGCCUUGGCUUGACUUUUUGGAUUCGGUGCUUGCCGAUGUUAGCCUGUCCUUUGCUGACGACAAUGCCUUUCUCGAGAGGCACGGGGCUUUUGGUGUCAUUGAGGGGUACUGCCGUCAUGGCUACUUCAAAUACGGUAAAACCCAUGACUUUCUCGGGUGCAUUUGCGUGAUGGUCACAUGUCCACCCCUAUGGAUUGGCGAUUUAUUUAUCGUGCAGGACAGUUCUGCACGGAGUACUGGAUCCCCUUUCUCUUGCAGACACUUCGUAUAGCCGGCAAGAAAGUGGUCACCGACUGCGACAAAGCUGACUUUAUAGUGUCUUGGUAUUUUCAGAAGGUAAAGAAGAAUAAGCGGCUUAUUGAUGCAGUCAAAUGGGAUGAUAAGUUUUACUACUUAUGCUCCUCUAACGUCCCUAGAUGCUGAGAAAGAACAAGGUAAUAAGGUAGGCUGCCGUGUAUUUCUUAUUCGCCUUUCGUACAGGUGUUUCGCCCUGGUGCCAUGUGGAGGGGUGUAAGCUCUUCCAAUCCACAGGGGCAUCGCCAAUUUCUGCAACGAUGGCCAGAAAAUUGCGAAAGAAGUUCGUUAAUGAGCCGUCUCGUUUCUGGUUUAUUCUAAGCAGUGGCCAGAUCAAGUAAGUCUUACUGUUCAGCUCAGGCACCCACCUAGAAGUAUAUUUGGCAUCUGAUCAAGUUUUGGUGCUUGAAGGCUCUACGUCAACAAAGCCUUCAUGCACCUGACGCCGCGAGUCUCGAAAUUUGCAGUGGAGGGCACCAACAAGGAUAUCCGGUUCUCACGAAGCAACGCGGUACUUGCGGUACUUGUCCCCAUAGUAAGUCUGUUUGCGUGUGUGUGUGGCUGCAGAUCAUAAUCCCCGGCUACGUGCAACUUGCAGAGAGACAGCGAAUUAUUGGGAUGACAGAUCAUACGCCCCUAAACGAUUCCAACAAUGCCAGUUCAGUUCGUCGACCCCUUCUGUUUGUCUACUGUGGGCACUUCCGGAGGAACGAGGAGAGGAGGUAUUUGAAGAAACUUAUCGAGUUGAAGCAAAUCAGACAAGAUGGCCAGAAGGUGUAUGUGGGCCACUGCAAGGUGGGGGCGUGGCAAUACACUGCAUGAGAAAGCGAGGCGCGAAGAGCCGAGCAUCACAAGCCAUGCAAAGGCGCACAAUGGACUGUCAUGCAGAUAAAAGACUUUGUUACGCGGCUGGUCUCAAGCAAAUACUGCGGCACUCCUCGCGGAAACACUCCCUGGACCUCGCGGUUUUACAAGAGCCUCGUGGCCCUCUGUGUGCCCGUGCUAUUCUCGCGCUCCUUCCUCCUGCCCUUCCGGCACCUGAGUGAGUCAACGGAUAAAGGCAUCAAGGGGACCUGGUUUUUAUGUCCGUUUUGCGUUUAGUUCCGUGGCACAGGUGGGAUUUCCCAUUCAAAUGCACACACAAGCGGCCACCACACACGGCUGGUAUAGUCGCGUUCAUGAUUAAGCAACUGUUGUGUGGUGUCUCACCUGGGCAGAGUCGUGGUGUAUCGCGAGAUGAAGAGAAGCGACGGAAGUAUCAAAAAAGCGCAUGAGUUUUGGUCUGACCUUGUCCAGAGAGAGCAUGAGCUUCACGAAAGGCGGC